AUGGGAGAAACAGUUCACUUCUUGCCCUUAAUGAGGGAUCUAAGUGAGGAUUCAAAUAGUUGUAGCUGGUCAAUGUAUUGUGGUGAUAAGAAUUUGCCAUAUGGGCAAUAUCAGAACGGUUUCUCGAUGAGACCUACAACGGAUUCUUCUUACGCUGGAUACGAGAGAGAUUUUCUUAAACAAACAAUGAUUGAACACGAAGCCGUAUUUAAGAAUCAGGUUUAUGAACUUCACCGUUUGUAUAGAACACAGAAGAACUUGAUGGAUCAAGUAAGGGGAAAGAGCUUUAUUGAACAGAUGAGCGAGUCUGAACGUACACCGGAAAGUGCUAUUAAACGUGAGCUUCCUGGAUUUCUCUUGGGAAACUCGAUAUGUGGUGAAGGAAGCAGCUCUCAAGCUUGUAAUGUUCCUAUGCAAAAUGGGAUUAGUUCAAAGGACGAGGAGGUGUUAGAAGUUAGACCUGUGAAGGUCAGGAGGAAAAUGAUUGAUCUUCAACUCCCACCAGAUGAGAAUCUCGAUACAGAUGGUGAGAAUACGUCUUGUCCUCCUUAUGAGCAGUCAAAAGCAGGAAAAGAAGUUGGUGAAAAGCUCUUCCUUGAAAGAGGCAAUGCUUCUUAUCGGAAUGGUUCUUCUGGGUCUUCUUUGGUUAUGAAGAACCCAAAUGGACUAACAGACUUGAACGAGCCAGUCCAAUGCCAAGAAUCAGUACCUGUUCCUUCUUCCAGGGAUAUAUGUUCUCUUUAUGGAAGAAACAUUGCACAUGUGCAAGGCCAGUGGUUGGAAAAAAGUACAAGUCAAAAUGGAUGGAUGGUUCCAGAAGCAGGGUAUGGAAAAGGCACUCCAAGAGACAAGUUAUGUCUUCCUUCUCAUUCGGUUCAAGUUCUUUCUAACAGUGCAUUUCAACCUCUGGGCUAUCCUUCAACUGAUCAUAGGAAGUUAUUGGGAGAAAGAGCAUCUUUCGAAUGGGAUGCUCGUCAACGGAAGCCUGAAGUUUCCUAUGACAGCUAUGUGGAAUCAAGUGUGGCAUCAAAUGCUCCAAGCUUGCAACAUGGCUACCUCGCUGAAUCUGUCAGACCUUGGAGCCAUUGGAUUUCGUCAUGGGAGAACCGAAGUAGCAGCUCAGUGCAGAAAUCCUUGCCACUUCAAACGAAUCCUUUCUUGAAUUUUAAUACACAGGCAAGAGCAGAUUCAACUUCUGAGAUGAGAAGCCAUGAUUAUCAAGGAUUCUCUUCAGGGUCGAAGGAAACUACUGCCUUUCAUUUUCCAUCAGGAAACUUUAACCAUCUUAACAACGGCCCACAAGGGGUUGUUACAAAUGGUUCUUUGAGUGAGGUUUUGAAGCAUCGGAGUCUUGAAAACCUUCAAGGACCAAAAAAGCAGGAGUGCUCUGCUGGGUUGCCCUGGAUGAAACCUAAGCUCCUGAACAAAAAUAAAAUAACCAAUGGCGGUUUGGAUUUGAAUGCCUCUGCAAAUCAAUUCAUGGAUGGAAGUGAUGUGGGUGACGGCUCAAAUUAUGUAUAUCCUCACAACGGUUUGAGGUCUGUUUCAUGUUCUAAUGGCGCCAACUUGGGACAUGUUGAAAUGGCUGACUCAGAGAGUAGUAGAAAGAUUCUUGGAUUCCCGAAGUCUCAAAAGCGUUCUAUUUGCGAGGAGGAGCACCCUUCUCUUAUCCUUUCUUCUGUGUGUAGCACUGAUCCACCCAGGGAAGUAAACACCUUGGUGAAGAGAAACCUCGAUAUCAACUUGCCAUGUGAAGCCUCAGUUUCUGAAGACAAGGUACAAGGUAAAAAAGCUGCCACUUACGGGCACUACAUUGACUUGAAUUUAUGUGCUAGCGAGGAUGAAGAUUCCGGGUUGUGUUCUAAUUCAAGAGUGGAAAGAAAAGCAACUACUUUGAUAGAUUUGGAAGCUCCCCCCACUCUUGAUAGUGAUGAGGAAAGUGAGAAAUUGCCAGAGAAGAGAGAUGAAGAAAACUGUGGAUCAGAGAAACGUGACUCUGUGGAUGAACUCAUCAAGGCAGCAGCCGAAGCUAUAGUCACCUUAUCACUGUCUCACCAUGGCCGUGAUACUGAUGAAGCUGCUUCCUCUUCAACCGAUGCAGUUGCUAAGGACCCGCUCUCUUGGUUUGUGAACACAAUAGCUUCUUGUGGCAAUGAUUUGGAAAAACAGAUUGAUGCUUGUUUUGAAGCCAGAGAUUGUGAAGGCUGCCGUGAAGAAUGUUCUUCAGGGGAGUUUGAUUACUUCGAGGCAAUGACUCUGAACUUACCCCUGUCCAAAGAAGAAGACUACAUGCCAACGCCUUUAGUCCCCGAACAUCUGAAAUUCGAUGGGACGGGUCAAAUGGGCAUCACAGCGAACCGGCCAAGAAGAGGUCAAGCAAGACGAGGAAGACCAAGGCGGGAUUUCCAAAGGGAUAUUCUCCCUGGGCUUGCUUCUCUGUCUAGGCUCGAAGUAACUGAAGAUCUUCAAAUGUUUGGGGGACUAAUGAAAGCCACAGGUUACAAUUGGAACUCAGGAGUGGCCCGAAGGAGCUCAAACCGGGGUGGGUCUAGCCGAGGAAGAAAGCGACUGGUCAGCAACAUUAGCAGAGCUCCGGUAUGCUCUUCUUUGGUGCAGCCAAUGAACAACAGUGUACAAAUGGUGGGACUCGAAGAUAGGAGCCUUACAGGAUGGGGAAACGCAACCAGAAGACCAAGGCGACAAAGAUGCCCAGCAGGUACUCCCCCAACUGUGAUAUUAACAUAA